GGUAGGCAAGAGAUGCUUCUAGUGUUAUCCACUGCCUGGCUCUCGGUUCUUCACCGAUCUCGACCGUCCAUCCUCGCCAUGGCCUCCGUAUCCUCGGCGCCUUCCGCCGCCAUCGCCGGAGGCAGCGGGGUUGAGUCCCCGGAGGGGAAGCGGGUGGUGGUCUGCGGGGGCGGCGUCAUCGGCGCGUGCACCGCCUACUUCCUCGCGACGAAGGGCACCGCCCGCGUCACAGUGGUGGAGAAGUCCGCCGUCGCCUGCGCCGCCUCCGGAAAGGCCGGUGGAUUCCUCGCCCUCGACUGGUGCGAUGGCAGCCCCCUCGGUGGCCUCGCCCGCGCUAGCUUCCACCUCCACCGCUCCCUCGCCGCCGCCCUCGACGGUCCCACCAACUACGGCUAUCGACCACUCGACACCCUCUCCCUCUCCCUCCUCCCCGACGCAUCCUCUGCGGCGGCCGCUCCAGCCUCGCCUUCCCUUCCUCCAUGGGUCGAUGGCCCCGCGGCCCGACCGCCGCGGACUAUCGGGACCACUGAUACCACUGCCCAAGUCCAUCCACAGCUCUUCACCCGGACACUCCUCUCCGCCGCCGCCGCGAAGCACGGGGUGGAGGUGGUGAUCGGCGAGUUGGACCGGGUAGAGGUGGAGGACGGCCGGGCAGUUGGUGUGGCUCUCAAGGGCGGAGGCGGCCCUUUCAUUCAGGCGGACGCUGUGGUUUUAGCCCUCGGCCCGUGGUCGAAUCGAUCGCCCAUAGUCUCCUCCCUCUUCAACGUCUCUAGCCUCAAGGCUCAUAGCAUCGUCCUCCGGCCGAAAUCCCCCGCCGCCAUUACCCCUCACGCCCUCUUCCUCACCUACCAACCAGCGCCUGGGGCCAAGACCUUGGACCCCGAAGUCUAUCCAAGACCCACAGGAGAAGUGUACAUCUGCGGUAUGUCGAAGGAAGACGAGGUGCCCGACGAUCCCGAAGAGAUCGUGGGAGAGAGGGAAUCGAUCGCGAUGCUGCAUAAGAUAGCGGGCACUGUGUCGUGUCAUCUGAAAGAGGGGGAGGUGGACGUGGUGGCAGAGCAAGCUUGCUGCUUGCCUUGCACGGAUGACGGAUUGCCUGUAAUUGGGGAGAUUCCCGAGGUCAAGGGAUGCUACAUUGCGACUGGGCACAGCUGCUGGGGGAUUCUGAAUGGCCCUGCCACCGGAGCCUCGCUUGCCGAACUCAUCUUAGAAGGUCACUCCACCACUGCUGAUCUCAAACCUUUCAGUCCCUCCAGGUUUCUCCGCAGGCGCACCAGGUCACGGUAGACUGAGCCUUUAAUCAUGUGGCCCAAAACGUUGAAGCCUAUAUACAUGUCAUCACAAGGCCUCUCAAACUUCUGGAAUGGAAUUAAUUGGGAUACCACAGUCUUCCUCAUUCAAAGUGAUGAAUUGGAAACUGGACGGAGAACAAAAAGGAAAAUCUAAUGAGUCAGAGAACCUGCAAUGCUUCCAUUAAGCUUCUGAGAAUCACAAUUAUAAAGGUUUAGGGUUGACUUGUCGCGAACAAGAUAGCACAUAAAAUUGGCACACAUGAGAAAUUUGCUGGGUUCUUUUUUUUUUUUUUUUCGCUGCAUUUGAAGUUGCUUGAUCUCAAAGGGUCCUUUGAAUUCUGAAAGAGUUGUUGUUGUUCACAGGAUCAGCAUGUGCUCGUCCUCUACUCAAGAGAUUGAAGUCAAUGGCUCAAGCAGCAGCUCGGGGUCCCAGAAUCAUGUUCUGCUAUUAACCAAUGCUUUCCUGUUUCUUAAGCCUGACCACAUGCACAUAACGUGGAAGUCGGCAGCUUGAGCCUGGUUGGUGAAACUAUAAUUUCCUCAAUAUAUAUUUAGAUAAUACUUGAGCACAAGGUUCAUGGACAAGGAGACAAGCUUUGAAUGAUGCCAACUACAAUGACCCACACUUGAAGACUUUGUUGGUCAAAGCAUAUGGUGGUCAACUUUCUUAAAAUCUCCAACUGGGGUUUGAGAUCAAAAUUACUUUACCAAGUGGCCUCUCUAAUCAGCUCAAGUAGGGAGUAGAAUCAUAGUUGAGAUGGAAGUGAAGUUUGAAAAUAAUUAUUUUUUGAGGAAAAAAUAUUUAUGCAUUCCCUUCAGACAUUGAAUUGUACUGUAUAUCCUUCUAAAACUAAAAAUGUAAUCAUCUUAUUUUUUUGUUUCCUAACUGAAAUAACAUUAUUUGCUUCCUAAUA